UGGCAAUCAACCACAACCUCAGCUCUCUCUAUAUCAACCACUGCUCUCCUCCUCAAUCAAACCCAUUCAACCACAACCACAACCACAACCACACCCAGAAAAAAAAACAUUCAAACAAAAUGAACUACACAACGCCCCCACAGUCCCUAACCUCCUCCCCAUCCCUUUCAACCUCCACAACAACAACCACCAAAACAACCCGACCAACCCUCUCCCUCGACCUCAGCAACCUCCCGGCCCUCAGCCAACCAACAACCCCAACCAACACACUGAUCAUCACUGAUCUAAACGACCUCCACCUCUUCGAUCCCCCCUCCCUAACCGCCCUCCGCACCACUCUGAACAACCUCGCCCCGCUCAACUCCUUCUCCCCACUGCCCUCGCUGCGCCGCCUGCUCUGCUCCUUCCACACCGACAGCGACGCCCUCUCCAUCCGCAAACUCCUCUCAUCCACCGAGCAGACAAACCCCCUGAAAGCCCACACAGCCACCCACUCGGCCAGAACCGUCCACCCGAAGGUCUACUUCGGCGAGCCCACCCCGCUGCAAACGGGCCACGACGCCCGCCCCAAACUCCUCGCCGCCCCGCAGGUCGACAAGCUCUUCUUCAUCAGCCCCCCGCCCUCCCCGCCCCACGGCUGGGUCCUGCGCCAGGAAGACCCCCCCAACAAGGAAGUCCACGCCAGCGACCUGGCCCACGCGCUGGCCAAACUCAACACGGAGCUGUCGGCCGUCGGGGAAGCAACAACAGCAGCAACAACAACGACGGCGCCGGAAACUCCGGUCUCGGCGGUCUCGGAGAAGCUGCCGCGCACGGGGAGCUGGCCCGCCACGACCACCAAUCGCCGCAGCCGCAGCAGUACCCUGAUCUACCACCCGGAAGAUCACGGGGGUAGUCCCGGUUUGCCGGCUGUGAUGGUCGAGGAUAUGAGCGAGAUGGGAGGGUUGUUGGUGGAUGAUGUUGAUGUCGACGGGGAUGAGGAUGUCGAGAUGUGCUCUAGUCCCGUCGAGGAGGAGGGCAUGUCCGUCAAGCGCAUGCCGCCGAAGACGGCGCGGCCCCCGGUCGAGUUGAUGUGAUUUUUUUUGGGACCUUUUGGGAUUCAUUUUUUGGUUGUGAAGAGAGAAAGAGGUGCUUGGAUAUAUUGCUUGCUCGUCAUGAAUGGUGUUCGGGAUGGUUCUGGCGUUGAACACAGUUGGUAUUGUUUUCUACGGGAAUGGGCAUCAUGGCGUACAGUACGCAUUGUAUAUACUAUUUGCAUUGGGGUUGCGACACUUUUUGGUAUUUCCAUCUCUUGUUUUUUAUCGUUCACCUAAUUCACACAGAAUGGUGUUAAUAUCA